ACAAAAAUGGAGAUCCCAUGUUAUGACAACUUGAAGAGGUACUGGAGAAGAAGACAAUACCAGAGACUGAUCAACAACAGAAGAAAGAUUAAAGUUGUAAGGCUUGGAGGAAGAGGAGGAGGAGGAGGUCCUUCCAGUGGUGGCCGGAGUAGGAGAAUAAGAAUAUUAAUCCCAAAGUUGAGACUAAAAUCUCUAUCACCCAUCAAGCUUUUGGCCAGACUUCAUGAUGCUUAUAUCGAUAUGAUGAUUCGGUUCGCGGUCAGCUCCAACAAUACAAAAUUGUUUGCAGGGAGUAAGGUUGCCAGAAAUAGUCAGCAAGUUUCAAUGGUGUCUAGUGGUGAGCAGGUUGAUACUAAAUUUGUUAUGGAAAUCUAUAAGAGGUUAGCUCCUUCUAUGCCUGAAGUCAGAGCCUUUUGAACAAAAAUUGUGCAAUCAACUUUGCUCCUCCCCCCCCCCCUUCUUCUCCUUUAUGUAUACCAAUAUGUGUUGAGAAUGUAAAAAAA